AUGGGAGGAGCAUCGUUGUUGUGCGGUAGUCCAUCCCACAUUCACCGAUACAUCAGGUUGUAUCUAUUGGUACUGCGACUGCUUCUGCUGUUGCUUGGCUUCUUGGAUCAUUCCGUAGAAGGCUAUCCACAUCGAUCGUCUUCUUGUGGUGAUACG